UAGUAGAAAAAUACCGACGAACGAGACACGACAACAAGAACAACAACAACGAUUCCCAUUGUUGCUCUCUCCCUCUUCCCAUUCAACAACAACAACAACAACAACAACACCCACUGUUAAUGUCUCGUCUCAUGUUGAAACAAGAAUACCACCACCACCCACCUACCAAAGUACAACCACAGCCUUCAGCUACACGAGACGACGGUGGUUCCACUACUACUACUACCACUACUACUACUACCACUAGUACCAGUAACACGACUCGACUUGUCAACAAUCGACCCAUGGACUAUGACACCAUGGACGCUGAAGCAGGUUCCAUCCUAAUUGCCUUAGCCAAUCAGCAACAAGAGCCUCAUAACAACAACAACAGCCGAUUGAAUGGUAAAGCCGCAGCAACUGCAACUGCAAAGAAUAACACUGAUGAGGAUGGUGAUGUGGUCAUGUCGAAUAACAACAACAACAACAACAGCAGCGACAGCGACAGGACUGACAACGACAGGAUUCGGAACGGCAAUCGUGAUAUGCACAAUGUCGUCAGCAAUAACAACAACAACAACAACAAUAGCAUCGGCAGUGCAGGUGGCAACGGCCAGCAGUCAUCAUCAUCCAUGUCGAUUAGUAGCCUACUAGGUGGUGCAAGACAAGGAGCAGCAACGGGUGUCGGCAUAAAGCUCAAGAAAAAUGAUGAUAGUGGUAAAGGCAGUCAAGAGGAUGCAUGUUUGUUUGACGGAAAGGGGAGGGAGGGGAAAAGGAAAGAGGGUGCUUUGACGGUUGUGUUGAUUGGUGGGGACUGCGCCAUCAAACUUUAAAGGGUUGUUUAUCGACUCAUCAUCACCAUCAUUAUCAACAACAACAACAAAACAUAGCAGCAUUGACAUCGGUAAGUCAAGUACCAAACAUGUCUGAUGACUUCUUGGGGGUAGGGUUCGGCACAGGGAAAUCAAAGAAGGUUUGG